AUGGCUACAGCAAAUUCAAACAACGCCUACGUCCUAGGCGUAGGAAUGACCCAAUUCCUCAAACCCCGCCGCACCCGCGAAUACCCUGAACUCGGCUACGAAGCCGGCGUGAAAGCCAUGAUCGACGCCCAGAUCAAUUACGACGACGUCCAAACUGGAAUCGCAUGCUACUGCUAUGGAGAUAGCACCUCUGGUCAGCGGAUCUUUUACCAGUUCGGCAUGAAGGGUAUCCCUAUCUACAACACGAACAAUGCCUGUGCGACGGGCUCGACGGGUCUACAUCUGGCGCGGACGAUGGUAAAGGGUGGUACCGCGGAUUGUGUUCUAGUCGUAGGUUUUGAGCAGAUGCGACCGGGGUCGAUUAAGAGUGUUUGGGAUGAUCGACCCAGUGCGCAUGGGCCGUCAACGAGGCUGAUGGAGGAGGUGUAUGGGAAGGAUCCGGCGCCGAGGAAUGCGCAAUAUUUUGGGAAUGCGGGGAGGGAGUAUAUGACUAAGUUCGGGGCAAAGGCAGAAGAUUUCGCAGAGAUCGCACGUAUCUCGCAUGAACAUUCCCAGAGAAACCCAUAUGCUCAAUUCCGGACCUCGUACACCCUCGAGCAGAUCCAGAACUCGGGUACUAUCUUUGCUCCGUUGACGAAAUUGCAAUGCAGUCCAACUAGUGACGGUGCCGCGGCUGCUGUUAUCGUGUCGCAAAAGUUCCUAGAUGCUAGGCCACACUUGAAAUCCCAGGCUAUUCUCAUUGCAGGACAGCAGCUCAUGACCGACGGACCGGAAGUAUACUCACAAAGUGCGAUCGACCUGGUAGGCUUCCAGAUGAGCAAGCAAGCUGCGGAACGGGCGAUGGCCGAAGCGGGUGUCACGCCCAAGGAUAUCAAGGUUUGCGAAUUGCACGACUGCUUUUCGGCAAAUGAACUUCUACUCCUCGAUGCGCUUGGCUUUUCGGAGCCAGGCAAGGCUCAUGAGCUGGUUCGUCGAGGCGAUAUUACAUAUGGUGGCCGGGGACCUGUUAUUAAUCCUUCUGGUGGACUUAUUUCCAAAGGUCAUCCCCUUGGAGCUACUGGUGUGGCGCAAUGUGCCGAGCUCACUUGGCAGUUACGGGGGUGGGCAAAUAAUCGCUUGGUUAAGGGAACUAAUGUUGCUUUGCAGCAUAAUUUGGGUCUUGGUGGUGCCGUCGUAGUGACGGUUUACAAGAGGGCUGAUGGACAGAGUAACCCGGCACUUUCGGAUGCAGAGGUACGACAGAAAUCUGCAUUGGGCUAUAACCCCGCGGUAGAGGCGCGCUAUGUUAGACCUGAGGAUGGAGAGAAGGUUCGGAGUCGGACGAAGCGACAUGACCAUCCUCUGAAGGAGACGGUGGGGACUCUGUCGGCACGUAUUUAG